UAAAUCAUUAAAUAUUCUUGUUAAUCUAUGAUAGUUGCCUUUCAAAUUUUAACUUUUGCUUUAUGAUGACAGUGACAGUAUGUCUAUCGAAUGAGUACCACUGAAAUUGGGGAAGCAUCUUGAGACAAGUAUAGUGGUACUAUGGCAUCGGUUUUUUCUACGGGUGUUUCCAAAAUCACAUCCGUUGGGGUUUUAACUCGAUUAUGUAAGAUAUCGCAGAAUCAUAAUGUAAUACAAGUAGCCUUUAUGAAAAGGCUAUCAUUACGUGAUGUUGUUCAAAAACCUGCUCCAUUUCCUUAUUGGGACAAACAAUUGACUAUAUAUCAAGCCAUGAAAACUUCUAUAGUAAUGAGAUACGAUGAAAAUACUAGAGUAAUAGUUGUUGAUGGGCCUCCUGCAGUGGGAAAGAGCAAACUCUGUGAACAUAUAGCAGAACAAUUUGGACUAUUGUACAUGCCACCGCCAUCACAUGAAGAAAUUUAUAUAAAUCCUUAUAAGGUUGACUUGCGAAAGUUGGAUUCAAAGCUACCACUUCAUUGUCAAAGUUAUGAUAUAGAAAGAUUUUUAGCAAAUCCGAAUGAUGUUAGAGUACCAUUCUUUCAAAUAAUGUAUCUUCUAAUGAGAUUCGAACAAUAUACAAAUGCACUACUUCAUUUAUUAUCGACUGGUCAGGGUAUAGUGCUUAAUAGAUGCGUUUACUCAGAUAUUGCAUUUGCGGAUGCUAUGCACAAAGCUGGUUAUCUGAGUAAAGAUGUAAUGAGGGAGUAUAUGUAUAUGAGGGAGGAAGCAGUCAGAGAACUUUUUAGGCCACAUUUGAUAAUAUAUUUGGAUGUACCUCCAGAGCUUGUCAAGGAGAAAAUUAAGAAAAGAGGUCAUCCUCAUGAAGUAAAUUCAAAAAUUUUAACAACCAAGUAUCUGUCAGAUAUAGAAAGUGCAUACAAAGAAAAAUACUUAAAGAGCUUGAAAGAUCAUUCACAGUUACUAAUUUAUGAUUGGUCCACCGAGGGUAAUCUUAUGGAUGUUGUUCAUGAUAUUGAAGGUGUAGACUUAGAUACUUUUAAAAAACCAAAAUUAACCGAUUGGAUAUUUGGUUCUGUGACGGAAAUAUAUAGUGCAAUAGAGCUUUAUCAGGACAAACUGCCAAUAAUAAAUGAAAUAUAUCACACUAAGUCUGUUCCCCCUCGUGAGCUAUAUUGGACAGCUGAAGAGAAUGACGAAAUGGACAACGUCAUGUCAAGUGAACCUACUGAAAAAUUUUUGUACGAUUUCAACCCAUUGUAUGGUGACAAAGUAUUGUUUAAAAGUGAUAAUAUUAGCCUCCAUCCAUUUCGUCGAACUCCUCGUGAUUUUGUAAAUCGAGAUGUGACAAAAUUGUAAACUUAACGUAAAUCUAGCAGUCAGAAAAUGAAGUUGUAUUGUAAUGAGCAAAGAAAUCACCAACAGCAUUAUACUAUAAAAAAAUGACAAACGCAA